AUGGCGACGCUGGGAAUCAGUUCCAGCCGUCUAGUGCACGGUGGAGGCAGUGGGGGAGCAAGUUUGCAUCAUCCGUUCUCAUCAUCCUUGCGCGCAAGAUGUGCCAUUCGAGCUGCUGCUGGGCGUCGAACAGGCCAAUUGGCCGCUAAUUCAGGGCCUGUUCGGCGUAUUCCAUCCUCACGAUGCAACUUUUCUACUCAAAACUCUGGCAAGCGACCCAAGUUCUCCCAGAGACUUGGCGAGGCGCUGCGCAACAGCAAAAUCACAUGGUAUCAGAUUCCCGUGGGUCUGGGCAUAGGGUUUUUGGGACUGGUUCAAUUCUACAAAGUCUCGUCCAGGGAGCGGGAAAGGCAGCAAGAGCAGGAUGGGAUCACGUCACCGAAGCGUCGGCCCAGAGUACGCCCCGACGGACCAUGGCAGGUCCAAGUCAUGUCCACUCUCCCGCUCAAGGCCAUCUCUCGACUCUGGGGAAAAUUCAAUGAACUGACAAUCCCGUACUAUCUGCGUGUCCCUGGGUUUAAGCUAUACUCAUUCAUCUUUGGUGUCAACCUUGACGAGGUGUCCGAGCCCGACCUUCAUGUGUAUCCUAACCUUGCAGCCUUCUUCUAUCGAACUCUCAAACCAGGUGCUCGUCCGCUAGAUCCAGACCCUCAUGCUCUUCUCUCUCCGUCCGACGGCAAGGUUCUCCAGUUCGGCCAUAUCGAAAGCGGUGACAUUGAACAGGUAAAAGGCAUGACCUACAGCAUUGACGCGCUGCUCGGAAAGCAUAGCCCGACAUCCAGCAUCUACAGUGGCCUAUCCGACCAAGCCCGAGAGCGUCCCCCUCGAAGCCGCAGCGUAGCUGUUGGCGACGAAGAGAUUAUCAAGCAGGAGGAGGAAUUUGCCCGGGUCAACGGCAUCUCGUACACAUUGCCUGACCUCAUGUCCGGAUCCAAGAAUGCCAAGCCUCCACACCCCGUUACCGACGAGUCGCAUGCAGCUUCAUCUCCCCGCGCCGUUUCAGAGGUCCGCGCCGAGCUUGCUCUGGGCGAAAAGCCCUGGUACGAUCUGCUCUCGCCUGACAAGACCACAUCCCUGUACUACGCCGUCAUCUACCUCGCUCCCGGAGACUACCACCGCUUCCACUCACCCACGAACUGGGUCGUGGAGAGCAGACGCCACUUCGCAGGCGAGCUCUACAGCGUCUCGCCCUACCUCCAGCGCACCCUGCCCGGCCUCUUCACCCUCAACGAGCGAGUCGUCCUCCUCGGCCGCUGGCGCUGGGGCUUCUUCAGCUACGUCCCCGUCGGCGCCACAAACGUCGGCUCCAUCAAGAUCAACUUUGACCGCGAGCUCCGCACCAACAGCCUCACCACGGAUACCGCCGCCGACCUGGCAGCCGAGGAAGCUUCCAAGCGCGGCGAGCCGUAUCUCGGCUUCGCGGAAGCUACCUAUGAAAACGCUAGCCCAGUGUUGCACGGACAUGCUCUGAGGCGCGGCGAGGAAAUGGGUGGGUUUCAACUCGGCAGCACGAUUGUACUGGUGUUUGAGGCGCCAGCUACGUUGAAGACUGCGGAUGGAGAAGAGAAGAAGGGAUGGGAGUGGGCGGUAGAAAAGGGCCAGAAGCUGAAGAUGGGACAGGUCCUGGGACGCGUGCUUGAGGACUAA